AUGCCUGCAAAUAAAUCGUCUCCAAACCCUUUGAGUAGCGACGCUACGACAGGGCUCUCGCAACAACCUGGCGCAAGUGAACCUGCAGAAGCGCUGCAAUCCCGCCAUCAGAGUGCACCGUUUAGUUCGGCGCAGAAGAAUGAGGGGAAACAACCAGGGUUGACGAGUACAGCCAAGUCGCAUAAUAAAGACAAUGCCCUCGAGGUUUGCGAAAGUGAUUUCAAAAGGAAACACAUUGGUGUCGUGGGGGUUCUUUCAUGGAUUUUCUUCUUGCAUAUUGUUGGCAUAUAUUAUUUUACUAAAGGGUUCCUCUUAACUCGACUAGUUCUUGAUGACAAGUCAAGUUGUGAUUUGCUUCCCCUGGAUAUUACCAGUGGUGGGAAUUCACGCGAGGGUUGCUGGCAUCCCAAGACUUUCGACAAGGCUGUCUUUCUAAUCAUUGAUGCAUUACGGUACGACUUUACUGUUCCAUUCCACCCACAGUCCGAGGGUGAUCAAGCACAUAUCUACCAUAACAACAUUCCCAUUCUUUACGAGACCGCAGUAGAGAGCCCGGAGAAAGCGUUUCUUCUCCCUUUCAUCGCAGACCCCCCUACGACUACUUUACAAAGACUGAAAGGCCUGACCACUGGUACUUUACCGACUUUCAUCGACGCUGGCUCAAACUUCGAUGGCUCUGCUAUUGACGAAGAUAACGUCAUCUCUCAACUGCACACCGCAGGCAAAAAUUUAGUCCAUUUGGGAGACGAUACCUGGACCAAGUUAUUUCCCGACUACUUCGACCACAAUCUGUCACGUCCAUUUGACUCAUUCAACGUCUGGGAUCUACACACCCUCGAUAAUGGCGUCAAUGCCAACCUUUUCCCUCUUCUGAGCCCUGCGAACUCGACAAAAUGGGACGUUAUUUUUGGCCACUACCUUGGUGUUGAUCACGCGGGCCAUCGCUAUGGUCCGGAUCAUGCUGCAAUGGCAGCCAAACUGAAGCAAAUGGAUCAAGUAAUCCGCGAUGUCAUUAAUUUACUUGAUGAUAAUACACUCCUUAUUGUUAUGGGUGAUCAUGGCAUGGAUUCCAAAGGCGACCAUGGAGGCGAGUCGGAUGAUGAAGUCGAAGCCGCGCUAUGGAUGUACUCGAAAAAGGGCAUUUUUGGGCGCACAAACCCCGAGUUUGUCACGCCGCCAUUAACUGCGAAGGAACGAGCUAUACCGCAAAUUGACAUUGUUCCUACAUUGUCCUUGCUCAUGGGCAUACCAAUCCCGUUCAACAAUCUUGGGUCUCCGAUAGAGGAGGCAUUUGCAGGAUCUUCUGGCUCAGAUAUAAAGAACCUAGCAACUGUCAAUCGAAUAGCGUCAGCGCAGAUUCAAAGGUACCAACAUCAAUAUGCCUUGGCGCGCGGCGUGGAUGAAAGCCAGACGUCGGGUCCUCUAUCUCUCCUGUCUCAGGCAGAAGCGCACUGGCGUUCACUCGCCAAGUUUGGAUCCAACUCGGAAAAGUAUCGAGCGGCGUGUAAUGCUUAUCGAGAGUACCAGCGUGACACUUUGAAUGUGUGCCGUGGCUUGUGGGCCCGGUUUGACAUCAACAGUAUGUUGCAGGGUAUUGCAAUCCUCGUGGGUGGUAUUGCGAUCCUGAUAGUGUAUGCUCGCGGGUUGCGUGACGAUCAAACGUCUUUUAGUCCAGCCUUGGCCCGGCCUAUUUGUGUGGGUCUAGGACUGGGUGUUUUGGUUAGUUUCGUGUACGUCUUUGUCGGGGGAGAAGGGCUGGGGAUGGAUACAAUCGCGUUGGGUGCUGCUGGUGGAAGUGCUGCUAGCGUCAUCACCAGCGUGUUCACAAUACCGAAAAGUUUUAGAUCGCCACUACCCAAGUCUCUCUGGAGCUGGUUCGCCGUUUUUGUCACUGUGUCUCAGUCCAUUGGGUUCGCCUCCAACUCGUACACCAUCUGGGAAGACAAUAUUCUGCUCUUCUUCCUCACUACGUUCGGCGUCCUGGCGGGUAUAUCCUCAAUGCGACAGCAGUCAAAAUCUGACAGAGUUCUAGGAGUCUACCACUCAAUUAUAUUCAUUCUCAUGGCAAGGCUGGCGUCGUUUUCUCGUCUGUGCCGUGAGGAACAGAUGCCCUUCUGCAAGUCAACAUAUUACGCUUCAGCAUCCUCUUCGACCUCAGCACCCUGGCAACUCUCCAUUCCCUUCGCCAUUGCCUUGCUUCUUCCGGGCACCGUACGAUCAUUUUACGUUGGAUCAAAGUCAUACGAAGGAUCGGCCACCCUCUGGAUUGGGUUUGCCUUUCGUAUCGGUCUAUUCAUCUCGGCGUUCUUCUGGACACUAGAUACUGCGGACAAUGGUGAAUGGUUUUCUGUUGGCAAGGGAGCUUUCAAAUACAUCCAAAUCACUCUAGCCCAGUUAGUUCUUGCUAUAGCAUUUGCAGCGGGAACCACAACUUUCAUAUGGGCAAAACCAUGCAUUAGUAUCAGCAUUACGUCUGGAGGUGCCAACAUCACAGACCAGCCAGGACAAGUACAACAGCAGCAGCAGCAACGAACUACCAUUACCAUCCUAGGUUUUGCAAAUGUCCAUGGGACUCGUUUUUUCCUGCUCGUAGUCAAUUUCUGCCUCGCCAUUAUUCUUCUGAGCAAGCCCAUGGGCCAAGGUGCAAUCGCCAUUGAAGCCUUACAGAUACUGUCCCUCCUCGAGAUACUAGAUACAAAUGGCCUCACGACAAUCAACUCGGCCAUCGGACCGAUCGUACUAGGUCUUCUGGGGUCAUUCCAUUUCUUCAAAACAGGCCACCAAGCCACACUAAACAGCAUUCAAUGGGAGAGCGCUUUCUUUGCGCUCUCGUCAGUCCAAUACCCCUGGUCACCUCUGCUGGUGAUUCUCAAUACCUUUGGGGCCCAAAUACUAGCUGCAAUUGCUGUACCGCUCACUGUACUCUGGAAACGACCCAUUGAUACCCAAGGCCGCAUACCCCUACAACUCCUCCAGCAGCCAUCCGCAGAAAACGACACACCAGCAGUCACCGAACCGUUUCGACAAGCAUCAUCAUCAGGAUCGACAACAUCCUCAUCAGACAACCAACAAAACGACACCAUAUCCAAAUCCAAAUCGCCCAUGGUCCGCCUCCUCUCCGAAAUCGUCCAAGCCGUCUCAACCCACAUCCUAUACUACGCAACCAUCAACCUAGCCACGACAAUGUGGGCGGGCCAUCUCCGUCGUCAUCUGAUGCUAUAUCGCAUCUUCUGUCCUCGAUUUAUGAUGGGAGCAGCUGUAUUGGGCGUCGUAGAAUUUUUCAUAAUCAUCGUUGCUCUCGGACUAGGUGCGAGGGCGAAUACUUUGAGUGUUACUGAGGUUUUUGGGUGGUGA